CGUCCUUCUCGGGCUCGUAGGAGAGGCUUCCGGCCCGCACCUGUGGUGUUGGAGGGCGGGCGGCGGCUGUGGUUCUGCACCAACGCAACCACACGUCGCCAGGCCGGCUUCCGGCGAUCCCUGGUGGCGCUGCUGCAGCUGCUGCACACCGACAUCACCCGAGGCAUGGUUGUGGGGGCGGGGGCAGCAGCCGCAGCAGCAGAAGCAGCAGCACCGAAACCUGAGGGACAGGAAGCCUCGCAGCACCAACCGCCACCCACCACCGCCCCAACCACCGCUCCAGCCAACACCAUGCCAUCACCUCCAACCGCCGCCACCACCUGCACCUCACCUCCCACCGCCGCCCUCCCCCCCGAACGCGCGCCUUCCCUUCCUCCUCCCCCCCCUGCCGCCCCCUGGGACCCGCUGUCCCGCCGCUGCUGGCACCCCGCCUUCGCCGCCCUGCUGGCAGCCGACCGCAUCUCACCCGCGCAGCUCAGGUCCGCAGCGGCGCAGAUGAGGGCGGCAAGCAGGGAGCGGGGGGGCGAGGAGCAGCAUCAGGCGCAGGGCGGUGCAGGAGGUGGUGGGCUGCUGGGUACUGCCUGCCGACCCGCGGGUCUGUUGAAGCGGCACGAGAGCUGCAUGUCGUGUGCGGCUCUGAGUCCGGGGGGGCUGCUGCGGCACCUGCAGGAGCUGCCCUGGUACCGCGGGCAGGUGGUGCACGAGGAGGUG